CAGAGGAACUUCAAACCAAUGCCUCGGGAUCCUAAUGAACUGACCUGUGAGGAGCUGUUUGUAUGAUUAAGGCCAGUAUCUGUGUCCAUGACGAGGCAAGUUAUUGGUUGAUGUUUGUAGGGUCAAGAGGUCGACGCCCCCGUUUUUCUUCUUCUGUUCUGUUCCUCUCUUUUUCCCUCUAUGGGUAUCUGCCUUUGUUACUCGUUGUUCGCCCGUUGUUCCCCUGUUCACCGUUUCUUCUCUCUGUUAGAUCUUUGACUCCAGUCCAGCUGAAGAUCUCCUCUUGUCUCAACGCCUUCUGCCUCAAAGCGUUCAAAUUCAUGUCACGUCAGUUCUUCAUCUGCUCCUGUUACUCGUAUCUUCUCUGGUCCCAGCGCUCAACUUGAGGACUGAGACAGUCAGACAGUUAUCCCUACUUUAUAGAGCUCCAGAUCAAAGUUCUCUGAGAUAACACAGCGUUCACUGUGUGUUUAUGGUUCCUGAGAGACACCACUGCUAUCGCACUGCUGCUCUGAACAGGCAAUGGGUGCAGAGAAACAAAGUCUGGGUCUCUAAGACAACUCAAAUUUAGAGCUUCACUUCCUGUUUACGAGCGCGUGGAUAUGAACAAACUGAUCUGAGACGGACUUGACAUACGGUUGUUGUUUGGAGUAGCAGACUGGCCGGAGACAUGAACAAAGUUUAUUCAAUGCAGGCGGUGGAGCCAGAGAACGGGAGCAAAGUCAGGGAGUCCUUCAAGUUUGUGUCGGAGGGAAAGAGGGAUGAAUGUGGGGACGCUGAAGAGGAGCGAUCAGAGCCCUCCUGUUGUCUCAGUGUCAGGAAGAUCCACUACACAGUCAGUGAGCGUGUGGGUCCAUGGUGGGACUUACCCACCUACAGGAAGCGAUGGACUCGUCAGAUCCUCAAUGAUGUCUCCUUUCACGUGGACAGCGGGCAGAUUAUGGGCAUACUGGGCAAUUCAGGCUCAGGAAAGACCACGCUGUUGGAUGCCAUCUCAGGGAGGAUUGGAAACUGUGGCACACUGUUGGGGGAGGUCUUCGUUAACGGCAUGAAACUGAAGAGAGAAGAGUAUCAGGACUGCUUCUCCUAUGUGCUGCAGAGUGAUAACUUGUUGAGUUAUCUGACAGUGGAGGAGACUCUGACCUACACGGCUCAGCUGGCCCUGCGGAAACACUCGACCAAAGCUAUAAAGAAGAAGGUGUCGGCGGUGAUGGCCGAGCUGAGUCUGAGUCACGUGGCCCGAAGUGUUAUUGGGGGUCGUGUUUUCCCAGGGAUCUCCGGGGGCGAGAGGAGGAGGGUGUCCAUCGCCAGCCAGCUACUUCAGGACCCAAGAGUGAUCCUAUUGGACGAGCCGACCACUGGCCUGGACAGCAUGACCGCAAAUCAGAUUGUGGUGCUGCUGGCAGAGCUGGCCAAGAGGAACCGCAUCAUCAUCGUAACCAUCCACCAACCGCGCUCCGAGCUCUUCAAGGUGUUUAGCAGGAUAGCUAUAAUGAGUCGGGGGGAGCUGGUGUUCUGUGGGCAGCCAGAGGAGAUGGUGGACUUCUUCAGUCAAUGUGGAUAUGAGUGUCCAGAUUACUGCAACCCCUUUGACAUCUAUGUUGACUUCACCUCAGUGGACACGCGCAGCAGUGAGAGGGAGGCAACCACCUUCAGUCGCAUGCAUGGGAUCACGUCAUCCUAUCAGAGCUCUGCCAUCUACCAGAGCAUGCUGGGAAAAGUGGAGCAGAGCCUGCAGCGCGCAGACAAGCCAGCCAUCCCCUUUAAGAGCAAAGAGUCGCCCAGCGGUGCCGCCAAACUUGAAGUUCUGCUCAGGCGGACGGUAAGAAACCUGUCCCGAGACAGGAUGGGUGUUCUGAUGCGUUUGUCGCAGAACCUGAUCUACGGUCUCUUCGUGGCCUUCUUCGUGGUGCAUUUAGACAACGACGUCAACAAGGGUGCUGUGCAGGACCGCAUCGGCAUCAUCUAUCAGAGCAUCGGGGCUUCGCCCUACACUGGCAUGCUGAAUGCAGUAGCUCUCUUCCCGGCGUUGCGAGCUAUCAGUGAUCAGGAGAGUCAGGAUGGUCUGUACAGUAAAUGGCAAAUGUUCUUAGCCUACAUCUUCCACAUCCUGCCCUUCAGCAUCCUGAGUGUCUUCAUCUUCACCUCCUUCCUUUACUGGACGGUGGGGAUGCACCCUGACAGCUUGCGCUUCCUGUGUUAUUCUGCUGUUGUCCUGGUGCCACAUAUUAUAGGUGAGUUGUUAACUGUGGUGCUAUUGGGAGUGGUCCACGACCCGAACAUGGUCAACACUGGAGUGGCUCUGCUCAACAUUGCAGGAAUCUUAGUGGGAUCUGGCUUCCUCAGGAGCACCCAGCAGAUGCCGAUGGUCUUCCAGUGGCUCAGCUACCUGACCUUCCAGAAGUACAGCUGUGAGCUGCUCAUAGUCACAGAGUUCCACGGACUCAACUUCACAUGCAAUGUUUCCAAACCUUUGCCGGGAGCCUGUAUGAUCACUCAAGGCAGUCAGAUCAUUGAUGAGGGUUAUCCUGGCGCUCUGUCUCGAUACACACUAGACUUUGUCCUCCUCUACUCCUUCCUCCCUGCUCUCCUACUGCUGGGCGUCAUCAGCUUCAAGAUCAGAGACAAGCUUGUACGUCACUAAAACCACAGACAGACAUUCGUGUGUGUCUGUGUGGGGGGAGGGGUCUUUUGUUUAAAAACAGCAAGAUGAACUGAGUUUGGUUGAGAAGAUCUAAAACAGAUUUACAGCAUUAUGUUAGUCUGAGAAGAGGAAUACUGAAGUACUGUGGCUCCUGCUAGCAUGUAUCAUCUGUGGCUGCACCCUCCACCAACAUUCAAGGGAAAUCUCCAGGUCAGCACUUUAACAGAAUGAAGUAUUAUAAAGUUCAGAGCAAUGAUGAAUACAGAGAGCUUCUAUUAGACGUUUCCUCAAACAAUACCAGUGCAGGAUGCAAAGUGUACAGUACAGCAUCCACGGACAUUAUACCACUUGACGUCCUUGUACUAAAAAGCACCAAAUAACACUGAAUGGGCUCAAAUAACAUCUGAGACGGGCCGCACAGAUUAAAAAUAAGGUCCUGUAAAUAUCUGCACUGAUGUCAAGUUAAUUAUUUUCAUAUAAAUGUAUAUAUGAAGUGGAACGUUUAAACUUAAGUGUAAACUAUAAAUCACCAGUUUGAUUCAAAUGAUGGACCGCUGUGUAUCAUCACAAAAAUGUCACUUUUGUAUUUUCUUUUCUUUUUUAAAUAUUGUGAUUGUAAUGUUUCAGGAAUAGGAAGUGAUGCUUAUUGUAAUAUUGUAAAAUUGUUUAUUUUUUUCAGAAAACAUUUCAUCAUCAUUAUACAAGUAGUUUUGUU